GUGGAUGCCAGCUACUUUCAGGACAGACGCGUGAAAAACUGACGUCAAUUUAAUUUGCUAAUGCUUGUAGGGUUUGAAAUGCUCCCGCACCGAGUCUGCGCGGGCUGACAUCCUUGGCGGCAUUUAAGGCAUCAGAAUGUUGAAUCAAACUCCCAGUGUAUGAGAUAUACGGCUCGGGCUUUACUUCACUUUGACCAUCCACUCACAGACGAAUGAGAGCUCGUUAAACUGAUCCGCCAUUCUUGACCCCAGUCCUUUCGCUUGCUUGACAGAAGAGAAGCACUUGUCCCCCCCUGAGGGGGAUCUGAGAGUCAAGCAAAAGAGCAGGCAAGGUUGGUUGCGUUUUGAUAAACUCUUCUAUAAAAUGACUCUAACCGUCAAGAUCAAACUCCUCCGUGUCUUGUCUAUUGUUCAGUGCUGGAUAGCACUGUGGUUGAUAGUGCUUGGGAUUGUGGAACGCGCUCGAAUCGAUUGGAGACUUUCUGGGCUUGGUAUGCCCAUCUGGACUGGAGUUUGGGUUGCUAUCACUGGGUCAUUUGGUGUCUUCAUUACUUUUAGACAUCUUCAAAAGUUGUCCAACACUUUUAUCAUUCCUCAGCAUUUGGCCAUGACAUUUAUGGGCUUCUCCCUGACUUGUGGCUUGUUUUGUGCCAUAAUCAUGGUUUUGAAUGCAUCAGAGUUGUCUGAUGCUGGAAAGAAAACAUUUAGGAUUUAUACUGGAAACAAUGAAAAUUUCCGUGCAGUCAAUGUGCCGUUUAUUUAUGAUAGCAAACAUAAAGAAGAGCAUGCCUUAAUUGGCUCCAUCUUUGCAUUCACUGUGGUGGAACUCAUACUGGCAAUGUGGUCAGCGGCACUGUGUUUUAUUAAUGAUCGCCAGGCUCCACUUACAAAUUACGAAGUUCCGUUAAUGUCGCCAGAUGGUCAAGGGCAAGGUGGAACUAGUGCAGCCGUACUAAGUGCAUAGACAUGAUGCAUACAAUACGCCAGUAAUUUAUGUCAUUUUUCUUUGUGUACGCGAUAAUCACCCACACAGGUCGUUGGAAAUUCGACUAGAAAAAUGUCUUUAAGUUAAUGACUGAUAAACAAUGCAUGUGAAAAGCAAAGGCGUACGGGCCGGUUGGGCGGAGGGGCUGAAGCCCCCCCC